AUGCCUCCGAGACCUGAUCUACGGAGCCCCUCCCUCCUCUCCCCGGGCGACUACGACGAUGACGCCUCCUCGUUGCGGUCGCUGUCAGAGCAGGACUCUGACUCCGAGGAUGACGAAUUCCUUCGCAGGCCGCGCACCACGCUAGAGUUGGCUGAACAUGAUCGCACAGUGUUGGACGAAGAGGAGGAGAUGGAGAGGUUGUUGACCCGAAGCGGGCCGACUCAUGGUCUCCGACGGAUCUUCAGUCCGAACGGCAGUAGCGUGAAAAUCGGAAAAUACGAGCGCACUCGAGAGCGAAGAGCCCAUGAUGCGGAACGAAGGAGGCGCCAUGCUGGUGGAGAUGAAAGUGGUGAAUUGAUGUACGAGAUGGAGGAAGGUUAUCGAGAGUCGGAGUCCUCUCUCCUUAGCGGUUCGUCGUCAGAACUGGAUCAGCGGUUGGAGAAGCACUAUGCGGACGUUCGGCCACGGAGGAUAGCGUGGGGUAGACUACUGUUGAUCGUGGCAGCUGUCGUGGUUUUGUUCUUGAUAUUCCUGCUGGGUGCAUACAAAGCCUCGAUAGCUUCUCGCUCGUCACAUCCGUCGACACCUUUUUUAUCCAACGGAACUGCUCUCUUUGGUCCGACUACGAUACUGAUCUCGCUUGACGGAUUCCGCGCAGACUUUCUCAAGCGCGGUCUUACGCCGACUUUGAACUCGAUUGUUACCGCCGGUGUUUCUCCACAGUACAUGCUUCCCAGCUUCCCUAGCGUCACGUUUCCGAACCAUUUCACCUUGGUCACAGGCCUAUAUCCGGAGAGCCAUGGUAUUGUCGGUAACACGUUCUGGGAUCCGGCCAUGAAGGAGGACUUCUACUACACCAACCAGUCGAUCAGCAUGCAGCCGAAGUGGUGGAACGCCGAACCGAUUUGGAUGACAGCAGAGAAGCACGGUUUGAAGACUGGAAUUCAUAUGUGGCCUGGUUCCGAAGCACACAUUGGCGGCGUAGAUCCGACCUAUCUGGAUAAAUUCAAUGACUCGGAGAAGCUUUCACGCAAGGUCGAUCGGAUUCUAGAGCUUCUGGACUUGCCCGGUCCAGAGGCCGAAACUCGUGUCGAUAAGGAGCGGCCACGACUGAUUGCUGCCUAUGUUCCCAAUGUGGAUGCGGACGGACACAAGUAUGGUCCAAAUAGCACCGAGAUUCGGAGCACGAUAAUCGAGGUCGACAAUAUGCUGGCCGAUCUGGUAUCUGGCCUUCAAGACCGCAAUCUGACCGACAUCGUCAAUCUUGUUAUCGUCUCCGACCACGGAAUGGCAUCCACUACGACGGAGCGACUCAUACAGCUGGAUGACUUUAUCGAUCUUGAUUUGGUUGAUCGCAUUGAUGGAUGGCCGUUGCGCGGUAUUCGUCCGAGGAGACCCGAGAAUCUCCAAACUUUGCAAGAUCAGUUGGAGAAUAUGGCACUGCAGUACGCAGAUGCAGUCGAGAUUUACACUCGUGAAAUGAUGCCGCAGCGCUACCACUUCACUCGCAAUGACCGCAUUGCCCCGUUGUGGGUGAUACCCAAGGCGGGAUGGGCGAUAGUCGAGCGACCAGGCUUUGAUAUCCAGGACGCUCUUACGACCGGAAAGACAUAUCACCCGAAAGGUAUCCAUGGCUACGAUCAUGAGCAUCCUCUAAUGCGCGCCAUUUUCAUCGCCCGGGGGCCGGCCUUUCCACAUCCACCCAAUAGCCGGCUCGAAGCUUUCCAAAACACCAACGUGUAUAAUUUAAUCUGCGAUUCUCUGGGGGUCGAACCACUUCCGAACAAUGGAACACUGCGUCUCCCUCUGCGCCCUGUAGGCCUUCACUCUGACGAGGACGCACCGGUCAUCGAGCAGCCUUCCGAUCCCUCAGUCACCAGCACCAUGAUCAGUAGCACCAUGAACCUUGCCGCGACUGCUGCUCCACCAACUUUGUCCGAGACUCCAUCGAUUACAUCGACCGCAGUCGUUGUCCAGCCAAGCUCACCUCCUGAGACUGAAUCCAACACCAAGCCUCAAAAUGAUCCGGAAAGCGACGACGAGAAGGGACCUACCUGGUGGGGCACCCUCUGGAACAAAGUCGAGGAAUUCAAGGAUUGGGCUGGCGAAGUCAUCGACGCUGUCAAGGACAAAUUUUCGCCGCAAGACUAA